AAGAAGAUAUUUGUUUAUUUUCUUAUUUAUUUUAUUCCUUCUUCCCUUCCUAAUUUUAUUUUAGGUAUUUAAUCAAAAAAACAAUGUAAACGUUAGAAUAUGACUAAAAACAUGCAUAAAGGAAUCAAAAAAUGUUUCUCCGAAAAUGUUUAUCUAUUUUUGGGCAUCAUAAUCGGACUCUACAUUUCAACUAUAAUAUCCAAUAGUGUAGAAUUAACUUGUUCCAAACAACCCUUAAUGAAAGAUGAAACGGUCCAAGAAAUAAUAAACUCUUCAGUUAAUAAAUUGGAAGUUAAACCACCCAAAAAAACAAGUCCUAAUCCAGAUAAACCUAAAUUAAUAAGACCAAGAUACUAUUCAACAGAAUUGGGGAUAAGGGAGAAACUAUUUGUUGGCGUAUUCACCUCGGAGGAAAAGAUAAAUACUCAAGCUAUUCAUAUUAAUAGAACAAUUGGACAUUUGGUAGAUAGAAUCAAAUUUUUUAUAACUGCUCAAUACAAACUCAAGACGAAACACAAUUUAACUGGUUUAGUAGGAUUUACAGAUGCUAGACAUAAAUUCAGACCUUUCCAAGUUAUCAAGUAUGUAGCUGACACAUUUGGACAAAAUUAUGAUUACUUUUUCUUUGCUAAUGAUUUCACUUUCAUCAAUGCUUACGAACUUAAGGAUAUUAUCAAAAAAAUUAGCGUUAGCAUGGAUGUUUACCUAGGAUCAACUGUGAAAGAUGGCAGUUACUGUAAUUUAGAUGCAGGUAUAAUUUUAAGCAACUCUGUUCUAAAAGCAAUGCGAAACCACCUGGAUUGGUGUAUCAUGAAUGCCGUCUCAGAGGAUCCUAGUGAAAAUAUAGGAAGAUGUGCCUUCCACAGCUUAGGAAUUUACUGCCAGCAGAACAUUCAAAUGGAAAGUAUUCAUUCUUUUAGGAUCAAGCAAUUUGAAUUGGCUCCUUACUUGAAAGAUUUAUCAGAAAAGGAAGAAUUUAAUAAAGCUAUUACUAUAUAUCCAGUGCUACAAAAAGAAGACUUUUAUUUACUGAAUGCUUAUUUUCUUAGACAAAGGUUGACCAAGAUAAAUAAUGAAAUUAAAAGGAUAUCAGAACCUCUAAUUGAUACGUGGCCACCAGGGCAGAGACAAGGAGCAAAAGCAGCUACCCGCUUUGAUUUGCCAAGAAAUUGUUAUUUUAAUCAGUCUCAUGUAUUUUUCUCAGACGAUUUUACAACACUAAGGAAACAUACUAGUGAGGAGUUAGUGGAUCUAAGGAACAUUAUUGAGGAAAUCAAAUUAAAAACUGCCAACAACUAUUCAAAUCUUUUUGAAUACGUAGAUCUUAUUAAUGGUUACAAAAUAUUUGAUUUAAGUAGGGGAAUGGAUUAUACAGUUGAUUUAAAAUUUAAGGACUCCAGUAAUGGAAAGGAAGUAAUAAAAAGGUUCGAGGUUAGCAAACCUCUUGGAAACAUCGAAUUAAUUUCAGUCCCCUACGUCACUGAGAAUUCAAGAGUUCAUAUUGUCCUUCCCGUUGAAGACACGGACACAGCGAUGGCCAUGGAAUUUUUAAAAAGCUAUGCUGCAACCAUCAUGGACAGGAAAGAAAAAACGUUUCUGUUGUUAGUAUUGUUUUACCAAUACAACAGUGACAGCAAAGGAACUACGGAUCCAUAUGUAGACUUGAAAAGUUUCGUUACAUCUUCGCUAACAAAAUAUAAGAAUGAUGAUGUUAAAAUUGCAUGGUUGUCUAUAAGACUACCAGAAGCUCCAAAUCCAUUGUAUAUAGAAAAAUAUAAAGCUUUAAAUUUUGCUGUUGUGGAUUUGGCUCUAAAGAAAAUUGGUCUAGAUAGUUUAACACUUGUUUUAGAUGUGUAUUCUAACGUUACUGUGGACUUUUUGAAUAGGGUUAGAAUGAAUACAAUUCAAAGUUUUCAAAUAUUCAGCCCUGUACCGUUUCGGCAGUACAAUCCAAGGGUGUCACAAAUUUCUACCUUCGAUGUUAACAAAAUAUCUGGACAUUUUGACCGAGAGGAGUAUAAAUACAUAUCUUUCUAUGGCAAAGAUUACGUAUUUGCUAGAAAAAAACAUCAACAUAUCAUCCCAUUAAUAAGAAUCGACAACGAUAUUACAAAAAUUCUUGACGAGGAACAUAAAGAUAUUGGAAACGUUUUUGAGAUGUUCCUUAAAUAUCAUGAAAAGUUGCAUUGUAUGAGAGCAACGGAAAUGAAUCUUAAAAUCAAAUACCACGAAGAAAAGAACCUUAAAAAGAGAAAUUUGUUUUUAGGAAGUGAAGCUCAACUUGCUAAAGUGUUAUUACAGAAGGAUAAGAUUACUGAACUUUUUUAAAAAUUGUUUUUGGAGACAAAUAUAUUUUGUAUAGUAUUAUAUUUUUGAAUGUUGUUUUUUAAAUUGUGGAUAAAUAUUAAUAAAUAAAGCUGAUAUUUUUUA